AUGUCUGAUUUUACACCGUUUUUCGUUGAUCGAGCGAAAGUAGGCAGAGCUUCUUGCAAGGGUUGUAAAGGUAACUGUCCCAGCGGGGAAAUACGCAUUGCCAAAAUUGUACCAAGUCCAUAUGGAGAGAAUCAACAGAUGAAGUCAUGGCACCACGUAGAUUGUUUGAUGAACGCUCUGUUGAAACAACGCCCAGCCACAAAGAGGAUAGAUUCCAUAGAUGACAUAGGUAAUUGGGCAAACUUAAGCCAGGAAGACCAGGAGUACAUUAUAAAGAAGAUCAAUGAAAUGGAAAAGUUGUAUGCUGACAAACAUUCAGGGAAAUAUACAGCUAAGGUGUUAAAAAAUGAAUCCACUGCAACACAGAGUUCAAAACUUGCUUCACCAAGUAAAAGUAGUGACGGUACAGAGAUUUCUACAGAUGAUAAUAAGUUUUCUACAUUUUACUCACUAUGCAAAAAGAUUUCUAAAGUGGACGCAUAUACAGAAAAAACAGCACUAGUAAAUAAUUUUUUUACUAAUGGUUGCAAUAAUAAAUUUAAAGGUGAUGUUGUGUUGUGGUGUAAAAUGUUAUUACCACAAGUAUCAAAAAGGGUAUACAAUUUAAAAAGCAAACAACUUGUAAAACUUUUCUCCCGAAUCUUUAAUAUUGAUCAUGAUGAUAUGUUAACACAUUUAGAACAAGGUGAUGUUGCUGAUACUAUCCAAAAAUUCUUCUCAAAGUCAAGAGCAGUUCAACCAGCCAUGGAAAGUACUUUAACAAUCCAAGACAUUGAAACAUUUCUUGAAGAACUCUCAAAACUGACAAAAGAAGAUGAACAGAUAUACCAUUUCAAGAAAAUAGUGAAAAAGUGCUCCUUAAAUGAUAUAACAAUGUUGAUAAGGUUAAUUAAAGGUGACCUGAGAAUAAAUGCAGGACCAAAGCAUAUAUUAGAAGGUGUCCAUCCUGAUGCCUAUAAAGUUUUUCAGACAUCUCGAGAUCUUGACAUGGUUUUAGAUAAGGUUCUUUUAAAUAACAGUAAUAUAAAACGUAAGGAUGCUUCUCCGAAGACAGUCCAUGCUAAACUAAGUCUUAUGACCCCAAUAUUGCCAAUGCUGGCUGAGGCCUGUAAAUCAGUAGAAAUGGCAAUGAAGAAAUGCCCUAAUGGGAUGUUUUCUGAAAUAAAAUAUGACGGAGAACGAGUUCAGGUACACAAAAAAGGUAAAGAGUUCAAAUACUUCUCUCGAGCCUUAAAACCAGUGAUGCCUCAUAAAGUUAGCCAUUUUAAAGAUUACUUACCCCAAGCAUUCCCUAAGGGCGAAGAUAUGAUAUUAGACGCUGAAGUAUUAAUGGUGGAUGUUAAAACAGGGAAACCUUUGCCAUUUGGUACAUUGGGUGUCCAUAAACAAUCCGAGUUUAAAGAUGCGCAAGUCUGUCUAUACAUAUUUGAUUGUUUAUAUUAUAAUGGAGAAGUUUUAAUGGAUAUGCCUAUAAAGAGGAGAAGACAAAUAUUACAUGAAAACAUGGUUGAAGUGAAGAAUCAUAUAAUGUUUUCCGAACAGCAGCUAAUAAGGAAGCCUGCAGAUUUAGCUAAUAUGAUAGCUGAGGUGUUACAGUUGGGCUUAGAAGGUUUAGUACUUAAAGAUUUAGAAUCUACAUAUGAGCCCGGUAAACGACAUUGGCUAAAAGUGAAGAAAGACUAUUUGUUUGAUGGAGCCAUGGCUGAUACUGCCGAUUUAGUUGUUUUAGGAGCUUGGUUCGGAACUGGUAAAAAAGGUGGAAUGAUGUCUGUGUUUCUAAUGGGCUGUUUGGAUACUCAUAAAAACAAAUGGGUGACAGUAACAAAAGUACACACUGGACAUGAUGACAAUACUCUGGAAAGACUACAAAAAGAAUUAGCUCCACUUAUGACAAAAAUAUCUCAAGACUAUAAUAAGGUACCAAUGUGGCUGGAUUGUAAUAAAGGGAUGGUACCAGAUUUUGUGGCUUUGGAUCCACAGAAACAACCUGUAUGGGAGAUUACAGGAACUGAACUAACAAAAGCAAAUCUACACACAGCUGAUGGCAUUUCAGUGAGAUUUCCUCGAGUCACUAGAAUAAGAAAUGAUAAGGACUGGAAAACGGCCACAAACUUAGUAGAGUUAAAAAAUCUAUAUAAUACAUCAAAAGAGAAGACAGACGUGUCUCUUCUGAAUAAAUUGGCUGCGACAGCAUCAGAGACUGAACCGCCUAAGAAAAAAUUGAAAAAAACUCCAAAUAAAACGAAUAACUUGGAUUCUUUUGUGAAACGGGAAAAAGUCGACGCCCCAAAGGAAUCAAAACCUAGUCCCUCGAAAGGCACUUUAGAUGCAUUUAUUAAAAAGGAAAUAAAAUCUCCUAAAGACACAAAUAGCACAGAAAAAAGUAUAAAAAAGAAACUUAAUAUAAAAGAGGAAGACUCAGAUGAAACAAUGGAUAUAUUACAAUUCGAUGACCCAAAAGAGCCUUUAAAUCCCUUACCAGACGUAUUUAAGGACAAAAGACUUGGAUUUUACCCUGAUUUUAUAAGUGUACCCGAAGAAGAGAGAGAUAUCUUUGAGAGACACUGGAUAGCAUACGGUGGUACAGUUGUGAAAUCGUUAAAACAAAUGGACGUCGAUUUCGUUAUACAUACUGAUAAAGAGAUAGAGUUUAGGAGAAUGCAGAAAUUGAAACGGAAAAUAUCAAGUGAUCCAAGACACGUGACGAAGAAUUGGUUGAUUGGAUGCAUCAAUAAUGUUCAAUUAGUUAGCACUAAUCCUUAUGCAGUAACUAUAGUACCUUGA